AACGAUUGCUGGGUUUUCAGCUUUUAUUAUGAAAUGGCGUAACCGGAUAUUUCCAUUGCGCAUCACUAGCGUUGUUGGUGAUUUUGGACGCAUCCGACACAUUUGUGUUGGAACCGCAGAGCACGAGAGCGACGCACUGGAGCUUCGUGGAGAGCCUCAGAAGCCAUGAUCCUCUUCAGCUGGGCUGCAGUUCUCCUGCUGGUUGUCUUGGAUCAAGUGUCCUGCCAAUCCACAUUUGGAAAUCCAGUCCAGGACAUGAGCAACAGAAACAACCGCUUUGCUGCCAGACUGUUCCGAGCGCUCGCUUCACGCACUGAUGACAACGUCCUGGUGUCACCGUAUCCUCUGUUCGCCGGCCUGUCUGCUCUGGCGGGCGCCACGUCUGCUCCAGAUGAGGAGCAGCUGCUGAAGGCUCUGGGUCUGACUGGACUGGAAACCCAGGCUGUGCCAGACCUUUUCCAGAGCUUAAGAACCGCCAUGCUGCCUGUAGAGCAGCCUGCAAGCCUGAAGCAAGGCAUGGCCAUCUUUCACGCGGAGAACGUCCAGAUGCCAGAGAGCCUCGUGCGUCUGGUACCGUCCAAGUACGGAGGGAAAAUUCAGCAGCUCCAGUUCUCCUCACCACACGAAGCUGUUGACAGCAUCAACCGCUGGGCGCAGGGACAGGCUGGAGAUCAGGUUCAGGAUGUGCUGGGCACCGUGGACACCAGCACUCAGUUGAUGCUGGCGACGGCUUCCUCCUACCAGACAAACUUCUUGCCGGCCUUCAACUCCAGUCUGACCCUGGACGAACGCUUCUACAUCGACAAGUAUCAUGUAGUCAUGGUUCCCAUGAUGCUGGGAGCCGGCAAGUACUUCUUGGCCUACGACCCCGCUGUGCAGGUGGGUGUUGUCCAGCUGCAGAUGAACGCUGGGAAGGCCAUGUUGAUCCUUCUGCCUGAUGAGGGUGUGGACAUCGGUUCAGUGGAGGAGGAGGUGACCUCAGAGAAAAUCCAGAGCUGGACACGUCAGCUCAAGAAAACGAAACUGGAAGUCCAGCUUCCUCGCUUCUUGCUCCAGCAAUCGUUCUUCUUGCGUGACGUUCUGAAAACGCUCGGAGUGACUCGGCUCUUCCCUGAAGACGAGGGGACGAAGGCUGCGCAGGUGAGUCUGGCUCCGUCCCUGAGUGUCAGGAGUGUGGCUCAUGCCUGUGGCACUUACCUGCAGGUGGUGUCGAAGGCAGUGCUGUGCGUCGACGAACGCAGUGACGCGGCGCCGGCCGCUGCCGCCUUCCAAACGCCGCCUCCUCGUCUGACGGUCAACAGACCCUUUGUUUUCACUGUGUAUGAUCAGAGCACGGGUGGAGUUCUGCUGAUCGGCCGUGUCAUUGAUCCAACACGACAGUAACACCGAGGCGAGGAGCGUCAUCUCUUACUAUGCUACGCUGUCUCACUUCUCCGUCAAUUCCUAUCAUGUCAUGUGACCCAUUUGAUGGAGGCAAUCGCCUUUGAUGUGCAUAUUCACAGCUGUGUUUGGUGCUUGCCUCACUUCUGACCCAUGCUGUGACACGUCUCCUGCUCCUGUUCUUAGAAUGUUAUUAAACUCCAUGGAAUGGAUUCAAAUACCAAAGUCAAAUAUUUGUGAUUUUUUUAUUUUGACGACGACAGGGCCGCGACUCAAAAUGCCAAAUAAUUGCAUUUUUUCAAAACUCAAAAAAUGACUUUUUUUAAUGUCCAAAAUUUGAAAAUUCAACACAAAUUACUUUUACAUAACAUAAUUCACUGAAAUGUGUUUCUUUUGUUAAUAUUUCAUAGAUAGUUAAAAACACAUUAAUCACCCAAAACAAUAUAUAAAUAUCAUUUUGUUUCGUUUCUUUGUUUUAAAAUUCAUAAAGAAAUACACUGUUCCCUUCUUUUCUAUCAAUAAAAAUUAAGUUUAACAUAACUACCCACAAUAUCUAUGAAUUUGUUUCCCUCUUUGAAAUGAAACCAAAGGUUGACAGGGCCUCUGAACAAACUUCUUCCUCUAUUCCUACGUUAUUAAUCUAUAAUAAUAUGUAUAAUGUUACUCAUAAUCAGAGCAUUUCUAACAAUUAUUUGACCCUUUAUGUUUAGUUUCCGAGUUUUCCAGUUAUUCAGUACUUUCACCAAUUGAUUCCUCAUUUUGAACUUCCCUGGCCAAUUCUUUGUUCCUUCCCAAAUGUAUCCCCAGUAUCUUCCGGUGAUCCCUCUUGACCUCGAGCCCUGAACCCCCGAGAUCUUCUUCCAUUUCCCCUAACACCAUUGUUACAGAUUUCUUCGCAUGUAGUUCUGCUCCUCUUCUAUUGAUCAAACUCUUUCAAAACUCCUUUUACACUAAAUUCUCUACAGCUAUUGUAAUGUCAUCCGCAUAUGGGCUUAUCUUAAAUUCCGUCGUAGCUCCUUCUAUUUCAGUACUUUUCCUGACGGCUACAGCCAGCGGUUCCACAGACGUGGCGCACAGCAUCGCCGAUAGGGGGCAGUCUUGUCGAACAGACCUCUCGAUCUUCAAUGUCCCUGUCGGGAUGCCGCUCUGCAGCUCCAUACAACAAUCUAAUGCACUGGGUGAACUUCACACCAAGGCCCAUUUUCCCAGUACUGCGAGUAAAAAGUUGUGAUAAACUCUGUCAAAGGUUUUAAUCAGAUCUAAAUUUAGUUCGAACCUUUGCCUCUUUCUGUUCAGCCUGUUCAGGUUGACUACUAAUCUGAUGUUCCCGACUGCAUCUCCAACGUCCCUCCCUGGUGUCCCGUAUGAUGCCCUGUCACAUCGCCUAUACAUUUUUAUUGGGGUUUUUUUCUGUUUAUCUGAAGUUUUGUAAGUAUUUUGUAAUCUGUAUUCACACAUGUAAUCGGUCUGUAGUUUUCUAUCACACUUCUGUCCCUCUUUUUAUGAAUUAAAGGAGUGGAGGAGUGGAAUUGUGGAGCUGUGAAGGAGUGGAGAUGUGGAGGAGUGGAGUUGAGGUGGAGUGGAGGUGCAAAGGUCUGGAGAUGUGGAGGUGUGGUUGCAUGGAGGUGUGGAGUAGUGGAGGUGUUGAGGUGUGGUUGCAUGGAGGUGUGGAGGA